UGAACCAUAAUGGAUAGUGAUAUACGUUUUUUUCCUGAUGACAUCCAAUGUUUUAAAUGAUUUGUAUACGUAUUCAAUUCAAGUCUAAUUUUAUAUUCAUAUUGUUUAUUGUAACAUAUUUUCGCGACUAAUACUAUGUCAAUGCAAUUCAUUUAACCGGUACAUCAUUAAUAUUUGAUUAUUGCAACACGUGAACAUGUGCAAUUUUCGAUUGAUUCAGUCACGGUUACCCUCACUUUAUGCGUAAUACCACAUAAUUAGAAAAUCGUUAUGUAUUUAAAGGCCAUGGUACAAAUUUGGUUAUUAUCAAUCAAUCAUAGAAUAGGUUAAUGAUUAUAUCGAACUCUUAGGCAUCUUUCACGUUACAUGAUCUUCAGUUUUGAUUUCAAAAUAUUGAAAAUGCAGAAACCGUUUUAAGUCAUUAAACUUUUUGUAAACCCAAAACAGGUACUGUAAUGAUUGUUGUGGUGCCACCUUAAUUUAAAUCUCUACAUUCGUAGCCCUUGGGUUUAUAAAAGCCAAUGCUCUUCAAAUUUCAGGCAGAUAUGCUGUAAGUUCAAUUAAAAUAAUAGUUAUUUUUACAAAAAUCAUGGUAAAAUUUAAUAUCAGGCCAUCUGUUUACUAUUUCCAAUUGAUGCAUGGUGUAAUGAAAAGGAGUCACAGAGUGUCAUCUUCCAAUGACCCCAUGGUGUGUUAGAUCGUCACUUAGUCUACGUUAAGGUUCAAAAUAGGCGAGUCUAUAAGAAUUUCAUAAAGAAUAGAGUCAUAAUCAGGAAAAUUCAACAUAAGGUAUUCAACUGACUGAUUAAUUGUCUGUGGAUGACACCCCAAUAAAAGUGACACGAUCACACCCAUCGGAUUAAGACAAUCAUAGAUCUGCUUUGUUUUGCUAUGAUGAACACUCAAUACAACACAUGUUAUCGGUCCAAACACGUUGUUUUUCACAGGAGACAUAUUUUGUUACCUUUAAAAUAAAAAUAUUAACAUUUUUUUUUUUUUAAACGCAUUUUUAUUUCUUCUAUUUCCUAAAUAAAACUUACUUUUUCCUUACUAUAAGGCUUUGCAUAUAUCAGGCACAUGCGUGUAACUAGCAGAUUUCAAUACAUAUUUCAUUAAUCAUUACAUUAAUUUAUCCGCAAUCAUCAAUGGUUAUUAAUUACUCAAAAUUUAAGUCCCAUCAACUGCAAUCCAAACAAACACUUGCGAAAAUAUAACUCAUAACACAUGUAGUGGAAUUUGUUCUGUUCGUCGGGUGCAGAUCAAACAGUACAAUUUGUGACGUCACAGCACAAGCUGUGUAAAGAUCACUGCAAUGGUUUGUAUUUAAAUAGGUCACAUAUACCGUAUGAACCCACUUAAAUCCCAAAAUUGCGUCUAGGCUGGUCCAAACAUACCAUACCAUCGGAAAAUAAGAAUCAAUAAUCCCAAGCAAAUGAACAAAUUUAGUUGAUAUUUGACUGUUAAGCUUGAACAUUAUCACAGACUUGGAGAAUUUCAAGUGCUGGAUUUGCUCUAAAAAUCUACCCCGUCUUAUAAACGAGUCAAGACAAAAACACCAGAUUUCAUGAGCAAAGUAGGGGGUCGUCUUAUAAGCGGAGAAAAUACGGCAGAGGAUGUCAUUAACAGAUCGGGAAUGGGACGACUUGAAGGCAUUACUUGACAAGGCUGUGAACAAGUUCCUGGGUUUCAGUGAACCCUCUCUUGUUACAGCAGCACUCAAGUGUAUAGACAAUGGAUAUGAUGAGAAGGAAACAGCAGAUAAACUGCAGGCGUUUCUGGAUGAGAGGCAGGCUCCCAUGAUUGCAGAGCGGCUGUUUGAUGUUUGGGACAGCUACCGUUCAUCCAGCAAGACACACAAAACCAAGAGGAAAAAGGAUGAUUAUGAUGAUGAAGUGGAAGAGGUUAAGAAGAAACCCAAAUUUACGGAGCAGCCGGACAACCCGGAUCCCAGCCCUGGACAGCUUACAGAGGAAAAGAUCAAGGAAAUGAUGCAGAAUGCCCAGAAAAUGAUCCAGGAGAGGAAAGCUCAGUUAAUGGGCAAUCAGCAGCCCCCUCCAACUACACAAAACACCCAGGCCCAGAAGUACAUGAAUGAUGCGAAAGAGAAGGCAAAGCGGGCGAAUGAAUUGCAAGCCCAGAUACAAGCCCGACUAGCUAACAUGGCUGGUUUACCUGCGCCCAUGAAAGGCAUGCCGCCCGUCAAAUCUACAGACAAGAAACAGAUACCCGAUGUGCAGAAAGCAUUGCCCUCUUCGCAGCCCACUCCACUGAUCCUUGACUCUGAAGGCCGUACAAUCGAUGCUAAGACGGGAGAGGCCAUCACAUUACAGCACUAUGCCCCAACACUGAAGGCCAACAUCAGAGCCAAAAGGCGAGAACAGUUCAAAGGGUUGAUAGAUGCUCCCCCUGAGGAGAUCAGUGCCUCAAAGUUCUUUGAUCCUAGAGUCAGUGGGCAGAAUGCUCAGAGACAGAAGCGGGGCUUUAGGUUCCAUGAGCAAGGCAAGUUCGAGCAACUGGCUCAGAGGCUUCGGACAAAGGCUCAGCUGGAUCGACUUCAAAGUGAGAUUUCACACGCAGCCAAGAGGACUGGUAUUGCCUCAGCAGCUAAACUGGCAACCAUCGCUCCCAAGCAAGAACUGGCUGCGGGUGAGAUACCGGAUGUUGAAUGGUGGGACAGCUUCGUUAUCCGUACGGUGUCAUCAUAUGACGCAGUGUUUGAGGAAGGAACAGACCUGAGGUCUCGGCUGGAGGGCAUCACCCACCUUGUAGAACACCCUAUACAGAUGAAACCUCCUGAUGAGCCAGAGAAGGAGCCAUUGAUCCCAAUGUACCUGACGGCCGCGGAGAGGAAGAAGCUGCGACGACAGAAUCGGACAGAGGCACAGAAGGAACUCCAGGAGAAGAUUCGCCUCGGCCUGGCACCACCCAUGGAACCCAAAGUGCGUAUGGCAAAUCUGAUGAGAGUUCUUGGUUCCGAAGCCGUUCAAGAUCCUACAAAAGUGGAGGCACAUGUUCGGGCUCAGAUGGCUAAACGACAAAGAGGUCAUGAGGAGGCGAACGCUGCCAGAAAGCUGACAAAGGAACAAAGAAGAGAUAAGAAAAUCAAUAAAAUAAAAGAAGAUACCUCGCUGGGAGUUCACGUGUCAGUAUACAGAGUGAACGAUCUCACUAAUCCAGCAAAGAAGUUCAAGGUGGAGACAAACGCAAAUCAGCUGUACAUGACUGGCAUUGUUGUCUUGUUUAAAGACUGUAAUGUGGUUGUAGUCGAGGGAGGUCCUAAGCAACAAAGAAAAUUCCGAAGGUUGAUGCUACAUCGGAUAAAAUGGGCAGAGGACAAACAGAAGAAGAAAAAAGACGAAGAUGAAGGUGAUGAUGUUGACAAUACAAACAAAUGUGUUCUUGUUUGGGAGGGCACUACGGUGAACAGGGCAUUUACAGAGAUGAAGUUCAAGGUCUGUCCGACAGAGGCAUUUGCGCGUGAGCAGUUCAGGAAGAGUAACGUGGAAUCUUAUUGGGACCUCGCAUUCAGUGGGGCUGUGCUCGAGAAUGCCGGAGAGGAGUUGUGAUCGGAGAAACUUGGGAACCAGUUGAAACUGGUCAGGAUGGAAAUUCUCAUUUACAAUUUUAAAUGUUAAUACAAAUGAUUGAAAUACAGGGAAUAAACCAGUCGCCAAUACAGUGAAAUUGCUGAUUUCUGCGCAUUGCCAUGUCAAGGUUGUAUGUUGCAGUUGUUUGACCUUAAGAGAUGGGGCUGGCCCAUUAUAUGGAAAAUCAUUUUGCUUCGGUGUGUUUGAAAAGUUGCCUGUAAUCUGGUGAUUAAUGUAAACUAUUGGAAAUGUAGUCUGUUUAUCUGCAUGUAACCUUAUGAAUCUUGGCACUUGAAACUGGAAAAUGUAAGCAGGGACAGCUUGUUUGAGAAAGAAGCGUUAUUUAAAUUAGUGAUCAGACUGACAAAUUAUGAUCCAAGUUAGGAAAGGCCCUGCAGCACUUUUUUCAUUUCUUUGUCAAAUGGAAGGUAACGGUUUGGAGAUCAGAGAAUGUCAUUGUUAAGUAUAGUUGUUACCUAUAAACCUUUGAAAAUCAUUUUAUCUCCUCCUUAGAGAGAUACCACUUCAGCUUGACUUCGGCUACAGGAGUAUUGCUUCAGUUCUACUCAAUUAGAAGUGUUUGAGUUGAUAUUUGUAGGAAGUAAAAUCUACGAAGCACUAACCGUGUGAAACAUUCUUUAUAAUUGUGAAUACAUGUUUGAAAAACCAACAAGUAGUUGGUGUAUCCCAUGGUUCCUGUUGCCAUGACCGCAGCUUGUUUUUAGAAAGAAUCCAAACACUGGUAAUGUCUAUAGACUGUCUUAUAGAGGUAUGAUGGAGAAAUGUCUGUGCUAGAUCAUUUAUACUGUACAUGUUGAAUCAUAACUUAAUGAUGUUCAAUAAACUUAAUAUUGUGGGGAUAUUAUGUACAUGUAUUUGUUGUUUCUGUUGAAAUUGAAGACUUAGUGUACAUUAUAAAUGAAAUAAACAAAUAAAACUUUAUUUUAAG